UUUUGGCACAACCAACUGUCUCUCAACUCCACCUCUCGAAUCUCUACAUUCCAACAUGUUUGUAUUCUUCUACCUACUCUUAGCAUAUUUGAAGUUUGUCUUAUCCGAAUUUAACGCCACCGCUAGACCGCGCAAACCUAUUGUCCUUGAGCGAUCCGGUGGAUUUCAGAUCGGUGGGAAGAUUAUACAGAGCCCGUUCAACCCCAACUUUACACUUUCUUGCGACCAUGGGUACAUGGAGUACUUUGUCCCAUGGCGGCCUCGGAAGACGAGCUUGGUCAUGUGGCAUAGCUCAAGCACCCAAGUCUGGCAAAACCGCUGGGACUCAGGCCCAGGAUACAAAGACCUCUUCCUCCGCCGUAACUACCCCAUCUACCUCUGGGACGGACCCCGCGUAGGCCGCGCAAACUGGCCCUGCCAACCAACAUCUUACACGCCGUCCUACCAGGACCAAGCCAACUUCGCCGCCUGGAACUUCGGACCCCGGUACCCGCUCUGGUGGCCCGACGUGCAGUUCCCCGUCGCCGACGCGGCCGCCUGGCAGCACGCCACGAGCGCGCGCUACAUCGAGUACGACACAACUGCGAACGUGGAGCUCCAAGCUUCCGCUGCGGCUAUCGCGGCGGACUCGGGGAAAGUGGGGAAAGAGAUUGUGUAUUUGACGAAUUCUGCGGGCGGGCUGCGGGCUAUGCUCACUACUGCCAAAGCUAAUAACACGAAUAUCAAGGGGAUUGUGACGUACGAAAGCAUUGGGUACGUUUUUCCUGAUAACGUGAACGUCACCGCUGGAACAGGUGGGUUUGGCCCGGUUGUGGUGCCGGUGAAACAGUUUAAGAAGUUGGCGCAGUUGAAGGCUGUGCAGUUUGUUUGGGGAGAUCAUCGGGCUGCGAACUAUUCGUAUGUCGCGGAGUCGAGGAGGGUUGCUGAGCUGAUUAAUUCGUAUGGGGGGAAUGCGAGGGUGCUUAUGUUGGGUGAGGAAGGGUUGAAGGGGAGUACGCAUAUUCCGUUUGCGGAUUUGGAUAAUGAGAAGGUUGCGGGGUUAUUGGAUGGGUUUUUGGAGGAUGCCGGGUUGGAUGGGUAUGUGGACGAGGAUGCCGAGGAUUGGAGUGAUGAGGAUCGAUGA